CGUACCCACACUCGUUUGAAAGGCUUAAUCUUGCAAUUAUAUAUAUCCAUCAAUCUCCAUCAACUUUCCCUCACCUAUUGCAUGAUGGGCACUAACUCUUCUGUCACUGGCUUCUACAACUUGCUCACACAAGGACUCAAUGAACUCCACCAAUCCUUCCUUUCUCCCACUUUCAUGUCCUUUCAAUUCCUUUCACAGGUCAUCUCUUCUCUCCAGUCCUUCCAUUCUCAGCUCACCAUUUUGGUCCGGAAGCUUCGCUUGCCUGUUGGAGGCAAAUGGUUGGAUGAAUACAUGGACGAAAGCUCGAGGCUUUGGGAUUCUUGUCAUGUUCUCAAAUCAGCCAUUUCUGGAAUGGAGAGUUAUUACUCGGCUGCCUCUAACAUAGCUUCUUCUUUGGAUGGUUACCAUCAUUUCACUCCCGAAAUUGCACGCCAGGUUGUUCGGGCAAUAAAUGUUUGUCAAAGGGAGAUUCUAGGAUUGGAAGAGGAAAACAAGAGCUUGAUGGAAACAAGGAUUGAACCGUUGUCUCAAUGUUUGAUUCAGAACAUCUCAAUGGAAUCGAAGUUGAAUGGAUUCAGUGGAUUCCGAGGGGUUCUGUAUGCAAUGAGGAGUGUUAGCUCACUGCUUCUGAUGAUUCUGCUUUGCGGGCUUGCGUAUUGUUGGUCCUCCUCUUGCUUUCACCAAGGGUACGAGGAAGACAUGGUUUUUGGAUCUGGGUUUAUGGUUUCAAUGGCCAUAUUGCAGCAGAAAGUGGCAGAGGAGAUAGACCAGACAGAAGGGCAGCCAGGGAUUCUGCUGUUCGAGUUCCAACAAGCAAAGAGCGCCAUGGAAGAACUGAAAGUUGAAUUGGAGGGAAUAGCAGGUUACGAAGAACAUUCUGAGAUCCAACAAAAAGUCGACAACGUCAAGAGUUGCUUUGGUUUGUUGAGAUGUGGGGUCGACACUAUAGCGGGGCAGCUUGAUGAUUUCUUUGAUGAAAUAGUAGAAGGAAGGAAGAAGCUUUUGGACAUGUGCAGCAAUAGGUAGAAAGAAAGAAAGAGAGAAAAUGGAUAGCAGAAGAGGGAAAAUAAUUGUUAAAAGACCAAACAGUGUCAUCUAAUCAUCCCCUUUUUUAUGCAUUAAACUUUGUUCUUUUAUUUUAUUUUAUUUUAUUUUAUUUUAUUUUUGAAAUUCCCUUAUUGAUAGUGUAUUGAUUGAUCAUUGAUUAGUGAAAGCUAGACUAUUUGUUAAGCCUUGAAGAAGUUUGAGAUUUGCAAGAAUGUGAUUCUUGCUUUGAAGAAAAGCAACAUUACUACUAUUCAGUAUUAUUCUUCCAUAAGAAACCAGAAUACUGAGAAGCUGGUGGCUUCAUGAGAAAGAAACAGCUUUCUGUGUUUGCACAGAUUUAAAGAAAGUGCCAAAAAAUUCCAAAGAUGGUAUUUUGAUAAAGGGCUACUUUUUCUUUAUUUUAUUUUUUUGUUUUAUUUUUGGGUUAAAUUAUGCUUUUU